AUGCCCUUCUCUCUAUAAAAGACGAAAGAGUUCUUAAGAGUUUUAUUCAUCAAACAAGUAGAAAAAAUAACAUGUCGAUUCAAAAAAGCUCAUCGAUCCCUUUAAUGGUCGAGAAAAAACUCACCGAAAUGGUGAAACCACUAAAGCGCAUACCUUCACAUACUCUUUCUCUUUCAACACUUGACAAUGCUCCUUACAACGAAGUUAUUUACAAGCUAUGUUACGUUUUCAAAGCCAGGAACGUCGUUGGUGAUGAUAACCAGCCGGGAUAUUUGGUUAGGGAGGCUUUGUCUCUACUUCUUGGCUACUACUACCCACUUUCGGGGACUAUGAAGCGGCGGGAGACUGAUCGGAAGAUUCAGUUGAGCUGCGGCGGCGAGGGAGGCGGUGUGCCGUUCACGGUGGCUACUGCAAACGUGGAGCUUUCUUCUUUGAGGUAUCUAGAGAACAUUGACUCAGAUACAGCCUUGAAGUUCUUGCCAGAGCUUCGAGUGGAUAAGGAUGGUUAUCCACCUUUUGCCUUGCAGGUGACCAACUUUGAAUGUGGAGGCUUCAUCUUAGGGAUUGCUCUGUCCCAUUCAAUGUGCGAUGGAUAUGGAGAGGGACAUAUCAUGUGUGCCUUAACGGAGUUGGCCCGGGGGAAAAAGAAGCCACUGGCGACGCCGGUUUGGGAAAGAGAGAGGCUCGUGGGAAAGACUAAAGAAAACGAUAAACAUUCUUUUAUUCCCGGGGGCGACACGGCUGCUUCACCCUACUUACCUACUGAUGAUUGGGUAACUGAGAAAAUAAAUAUUAGAGCUGAGAGCAUAAGAAAACUGAAAGAAGCUACAUCAAAAGAGUGUGACUUCUCUAAUGAGACACUCACUACUUUCGAAGUCGUAGGGGCUUAUUUGUGGAAGUCAAGAGUUAAAGCUCUGAGUUUGGAUGGAGAUGGAGUCACAUCUUUGGGUGUAGCUGUAGGAAUCCGAAAUGCAGUGAAUCCACCUUUGCCCGAUGAAUACUACGGUAAUGCAUACAUAGACGUGUACUUGCCAUUAACUGUUAAGGAAGUGGAAGAACAUACCAUCUCAGACAUCGUGAAGCUCAUAAAACAAGCAAAGAGAAAGGCAUACGAUAAAGAUUAUCUCCAAGAAGAGCUUGCGAACAUUGAAAGUAUCAUCAAUAUGAACUUAACGAUCAAAGGUAGAUUUUGUUUGACGGACUGGAGGAACAUAGGGAUUUUUGGAUCGAUGGAUUUUGGGUGGGGUGAGCCGGUGAAUAUUGUCCCGGUGGUUCCAGCAGAGAUAGCUAGAAUUGUUAGUAUGUUCAUGCCAGCGUCGAGGUUAGAACCUUCAAUGGUCGGAGGGGUUCAAGUCAUGAUUACGUUGCCAAGAGCUGCAAUGGUUAAGUUUAAAGAAGAGAUGAAUGCUCUAAACUGAAACUUUUUUCUUUGAUGUGGGAAUCUUAAUAAAUAAACAUCAAUAAGUGUAAUAAUUUACACCAAAAAAAUAAGUGUAAUAAUCUAUUCACAAAAAGUUAUUACCAUUUACA